ACACCGCUCAAACAAAUCCGACAGGCGAGAGAAGAGGUCUGCCUGACAGGUUUGUCGAGUCGAGCGCAGAUAGGGUGUAGCGCAGAGCAGCUGCGUCAGGCCGAUCGGGUUGCCGUGUUGCAGCCAUAGCAGCUAGAAGUAAGUCCGUCGGCUAGUCCCGUGCGCUUGGCCCAUGUAGGUCGUAAGGGCCGCAUUGCUUCUGCGACUAGAGCACCCGUGGGAGAGAGGCUGACUGGGAUUUGACGCGUAGAGCGUGGGCUAAGCUCGUCGUCGUAAAAACAGAAAAUGCGGCUUCCUUUGCCGCCGCCCUUCGCCGGCGACGCCGCUGACGCCGGGAAGCAAGGAGCGGCUGUAGCGGCCGGUCGUCGCGCGAACGCCGCCGGCUGUAGCGCGGCUCGGAAGUGUAACACCACGGCUCCCCAUUCGUCUCAUUCGCCUCAGCAGCUACAGCCGCUACAGCUGCCGUCAUGGCUACAGGAGCUGCUGCAGCAGCAAGAGCGGCUGCUAGCAAGGAUACAGGGCGAUCCCCUUCGCUCCUAUUCCAUGGCUGCCGCUUCGUCCUCCCCUUCCUCUUCAGCUGCUGCUUCUUCGUCGCCCUCCCCUUCGGCCUCUUCUCCUUCUCCUUCGGCUUCUUCCCCGUCAGCUGUCGUGCCCCCCGCCACCACAGCGCAUCAGCAUCCCCCAUUCGCGAAAAUGCUGCAACCACCGCGUUUUUCCAAUCCCUUCGCCGCUCUCCCUAUCCCCGGGAGCUCGUCUUCCGCCUCCUCCGCUGCUUCCCCCGCCUCCUCCCCCGCCUCCGGCUCCGCCUCCCCCUCCGCCUCCCUAGGGGAAGCCGCUAAGCCAGACCCGGCGCCUUCCGCGUCGGGCUCUAGGGCGCUGAUCCUGCUACCGCGGCAGCGCCUUCUCUUAGUGCCGGCCGCCGACCCCACCCCCGCCACGCCUGAUGGCGUCAUCACCGUCGAGGCAGGUUCGCCGAAGGAUCCGAGCCCGGGUCUGGGAGCGCGUCCAGUCGGCCUGAAGUGGUCGAAACUUUCGGGAUGGCGGGUGGAGCUUCCGCCGAACCUUCCCGACCUGACGAAGCUUCGUCCGGAAAUCGAGAAGCUUCGGCCGGCGCUGGAGGCGCGUGUGCAGCACACGCUGUCGCACGUGCCGUUUCGGGAGCUCCUGGAGGAGAUCCAGCAGUGGAGCAAGGCGCGCGGGGGCCCCGGCGGGUGGGCGGAGGGCGCGCGCGUAUCGCGCGGGUCGCGGCGGUACCCGAACAAGCAGAAGCUGUCGUCCGUGCAGGACUUUUUCCAAUACGCGGAGUCGGAAGGCCGCCGCCUGUUCGCAGAGCUGGACACGGACGGCGACGGGCAGGUGCGCCUGGAGGACCUGGAGAGGGCGCUCAAGCGGCGGCGCCUGCCCGUGGCGCACGCGCGGCCGCUGCUGCGGCGCCUGAGGCGGCACUGGCUGGCGGCGUCAUUUGGGUGGGAGGAGUUCCAGUCGUUCAUGGAGGCGAAAGAACCCGCCAUGCUGAGGGCCUUCACCUCGCUCUGUGUUGGCUCCUCCGGGACGCUGCAAAAGGGACAGGUAUUCGCUUCACUGGAAAAGGCCGGCCUACCAGCCACGGAGAGCAACGUGCGCGCCAUGAUGCGCUUUCUAGACGCGGACGAGUCGGGCCACGUCACCUAUGGGGACUUCCGCAACUUCCUGCUGCUGCUGCCGCCUGAGCGGCUGCAAGGGAGCGACCCCAGCAUGGUGUGGUAUGAUGCAGCCACUAUGGUCCCCAUGGCGCCGCCCGCCGCCACAUCAGCGCCAGCUGGCAGUGUGAUCAAAUCUGCGCUGGCGGGCGGGCUGGCGUCGGGAUUGUCGACUUGUCUGAUGCAUCCACUGGAUACCAUCAAGACCCGGGUGCAGGCGUCCUCCGCUUCUCUCACAGAAGUCGUCAGAUCCGUGCCGUCCAUCGGCCUCCAGGGGCUCUACCGCGGCGCACCGCCCGCCAUUCUGGGGCAGUUUGCGUGCCACGGGGUGCGAACGGGCGCGUACGAAGCUUCCAAGAUGCUUCUUACCAGCAUGCUGCCCAAUCUCACUGAGUACCAGGUUCAACCCGUGGCCUCCCUUUGCUCCACUGUCUUGGGCACAGCCCUUCGCAUUCCCUGCGAGGUGCUCAAGCAGCAGCUGCAGGCAGGGCUGUAUGACAGCACAGGGGCGGCUCUGAGAGCCACGCUCAAGGAGGGCGGGGUGAAGGGGUUGUUUCGAGGCACCACUGCCACGCUGUGCCGGGAGGUGCCCUUCUACGUGUUCGGCAUGCUCAUCUACCUGCAAGUCAAGCGGGUGACUCGCCAUGUCAUCCGCAGGGAGCUCGCCCCCUGGGAGACGCUCCUACUGGGCGGCUUCUCGGGCGGCAUGGCAGCGAUCGCAAUCACGCCAUUCGACGUGAUCAAGACGCGCAUGAUGACGUCGCCGCCCGGCGCAGCGGCGGCUGGCAUGCUGACAGUUGGCGCGAACCUAUUGGCCACAGAGGGAGUGGGGGCGCUCUACAAGGGGUGGCUACCACGAUUCUUCUGGAUUGCUCCCCUUGGGGCGAUGAACUUCGCUGGGUAUGAGCUGGCGAAACAGGCGAUCGAUGAUGUCGGGGAGGAGGGGAAAGUGGAGUAGCAGAGGGAAAAGAGGAGUACAAGGUGUGGGUGGGGGUGUGGUGCUCGAGGAGGGGUGGCUGCUGUGCGACUUCAGCAUCGCCCCGCUCGGAGCGAUGAAACUUUGCUGGGCAGGAGCUGGCAAAGGAGGCGAGAUAGAUGAUGAUGUAGGGGAGGAGGGGAAGGAGUAACAGUCAAUUGGUCACAAUGAUGAUGAAGGGAGGGGAGGAGAAAGGCGGGUAAAGGCGUCGGGGUGCGCCACAAGGGGCGGCUGCUGAUUUCCUCUGAAUUGCGCACCGGGAGCAACGAACCGCAGGGGUAUGAGCUGUCAAAACAGGCAAUAGACGAUGUAGGGGAGCAGGGGGAAAGAAGAGAGAGGGCAGAGUAAAUGUUUAGCGAGGUUGGGGAGGGGGGGUGUCAAGAGAUUAACUUUUCUGGUCAAGGUUUAGGAAGCAGGCAAUACCUAGCAGAUGCAGGGCCAGGGUGGGGAUAGAGACGUAGCUGAUGCGGGAUACAGGAGGAAUAGGGAGUGCUUAAAGUAUCCACUACAUGGUGGUAGGCUUGUAUGGUGGCACACCUGGACGUAUACCCUGAAACGUAUACUAUUUUGGGCUAUGAGUGUUCCCUGGACGUGUUGAGGUAGCAAGCAUGCUUUGGGCUAUAG